CUCCGAACCAGUAUGUUGUACAAGCAGAAUGCUUGGAAAAAUGUAUGGAAGAGAACAGAAUUAUAUCUAUUCAAACAUAAGUUUGCCAUCUGAAAAGUAUAAAUACAGAACAGCUGCAACGCAAUUGUUCAACGGCUGCUUUUAAAGAAAAAAGUGAUUUAAACAUCAAAAAGUCCUUUGCAUUUUACAUACAAUUCAAACGAUAUCCCACGUACAAUGGUGAAAGCGAUUGCUGUUUUGAGAGGUGAUUCCUCUGUAACUGGUGUUGUCACCUUUGAGCAACCCGACGAGUCUGCACCGGUUAAGGUACUUUACGACAUUAAGGGAAACACCCAUAACGCGUUGCGUGGUUUUCACAUCCACCAAUUUGGUGACAACACGAACGGCUGCACGUCGGCUGGUCCACAUUUUAAUCCCGAGGGGAAGUUCCACGGUGACCGGUUAGAUGCAUCUCGCCACGUGGGUGACCUGGGCAAUAUUCCAACCGACAGUGAAGGCGUCGCUAAGGGAAGCUUUAGUGACAAUGUCAUUUCGUUGUUCGGGCCCAACAGCAUUGUUGGUCGUACAAUCGUCAUUCACGCCGGUACGGACGAUCUCGGUAAAGGCGACAAUGAGGAGUCGUUGAAGACAGGAAACGCUGGGGCUCGCAAUGCAUGUGGUGUCAUUGGGAUCGCUGCAUAGACAUUAGUAUUAUCUCGUUUAUACGUACAGAGUUGAUCGGAUUUUUGAAUGAAUAGGAAUGAUUAUUGUUUAUGAAGAUAACAGCUACGAGAACAAUUGCCAGUUCUCAAACAACUAGUAAGAACCACGACUACGAACGUUGUUCGGCUAUCCUUCGCGAAAACCGUCAACCAAUGUGUAUGUAACAGAAUAACAGGGGAUUAUAUUAUACGAAAACAGUAUGAAAAUUUCGCAAUAAGGUUUAGAUGAAUUGCAAAAAGGGCUCUUUCCAGAAGAGCUACUAUGCGCAAACAUUUAGAAAGAAAUGAGGAGCUUAAGGUUCCAGACCUAAAGCUUAGGAAAUCCACCAAAAAGACCAGGCCAACAGGCGCGACAAAAAGGAAAAACAGAAAAGGGGAAUCAUAAGUGGAAAAAUCACAACACGAAAGAGAAAGACCAAUUGCUCCCUCCUUCUUCUUUUAAAAUUACCGCUUACAGGGCAAUUAGACGACCUUCAUUGCACGAGUAAGCACCCGUGUCAUAACAAGCAAUUCCACACACCUCGAGUGCCUUUCCGUCAAUGAUGGGACAAAGUACGUUUCCGUAACAAGUAUACGACUCCGUGCUGUAGUAAGCAUCCCCACACAUACCAAUAGUCGGUACGGUCGAAGUCGCUGUUGCG